CGGCCCGGGCCGGAAGUAAGCGAGUUCCCGGGUGUGUGUCUGGGUCUGUCUGUGUCUAGCAGCGGCGCGCGGGCCGGGACGAGCGCUGGGGAUUCCCGUCUGAGGCGUCUCAACUAUCACUGCCAUCACCCCACGGAACCUCUUCGAGAAGGGAGUAGACCCGGCCCUUCGCCGGGCAGAGAAGAUGUUGCCCCUGUCCAUCAAGGACGAUGAAUACAAACCACCCAAGUUCAAUUUGUUCGGCAAGAUCUCGGGCUGGUUUAGGUCUAUCCUGUCCGACAAGACAUCCCGGAACCUGUUUUUCUUCCUGUGCCUGAACCUCUCUUUCGCUUUUGUGGAACUACUCUACGGCAUCUGGAGUAACUGCUUAGGCUUGAUUUCCGACUCUUUUCACAUGUUUUUCGAUAGCACUGCCAUUUUGGCUGGACUGGCAGCUUCUGUUAUUUCAAAAUGGAGAGAUAAUGAUGCUUUCUCUUAUGGGUAUGUUAGAGCAGAAGUUCUGGCUGGCUUCGUCAAUGGCCUGUUUUUGAUCUUCACUGCUUUUUUUAUUUUCUCAGAAGGAGUUGAGAGAGCAUUAGCCCCUCCAGAUGUCCACCAUGAGAGACUGCUACUUGUUUCCAUUCUUGGGUUUGUGGUAAACCUAAUAGGAAUAUUUGUUUUCAAACAUGGAGGUCAUGGACAUUCUCAUGGCUCUGGCCAUGGACACAGUCAUUCCCUUUUUAAUGGUGCUCUAGAUCAGCCACAUGGCCAUGUCGAUCAUUGCCAUAGCCAUGAUGUGAAACAUGGUGCUGCACAUAGCCAUGAUCAUGCUCAUGGACAUGGACACUUUCAUUCUCAUGAUGGCCCCUCCUUAAAAGAAACAACAGGACCCAGCAGACAGAUUUUACAAGGUGUAUUUUUACAUAUCCUAGCAGAUACACUUGGAAGUAUUGGUGUAAUUGCUUCUGCCAUCAUGAUGCAAAAUUUUGGUCUGAUGAUAGCAGAUCCUAUCUGUUCAAUACUUAUAGCCAUUCUUAUAGUUGUAAGUGUUAUUCCUCUUUUAAGAGAAUCUAUUGGAAUAUUAAUGCAGAGAACUCCUCCCCUAUUAGAAAAUACUCUGCCUCAAUGCUAUCACAGGGUACAGCAGUUGCAAGGAGUUUACAGUUUACAGGAACAGCACUUCUGGACUUUAUGUUCUGAUGUUUACGUUGGGACUUUGAAAUUAGUAGUAGCACCUGAUGCUGAUGCCAGGUGGAUUUUAAGCCAAACACAUAAUAUUUUUACUCAGGCUGGAGUGAGGCAGCUGUAUGUACAGAUUGACUUUGCAGCUAUGUAGUGAAUGGAAAGAAAUUAUGCACCUUUUACGGACCAAAUUUUUCUGGUACUGUACAAUCCAAAACAUUGUACCCAGCUUUUUAAAACAGAGAAGUUAUCACUACACCUCUCGAGCACCAAGUCCACUGGGUAGAGUCAGCCAUUUAUGCUCUGUGGGGGGUUCACAGCUACGGGAUCAGAUUUAAGAGGCUAUCUCCUGGACUUCUAGUCUUUUCUUUUGUGCUCUUUCCUCCAAACCAUUUUGAUGUCUGAGGUUUCUGGUUUAGGAUGUUGGUUUGUCCUUUUUUCUGUUUUUGUUUUUGUUUUUUGUUUGUUUGUUUGCAUACUGAAUGCUCGCACCACCAUCCUCUCAUCCCAGUCAGUAAGAAUUUCAGAUUGUGGGCCCCUAGUCUUCUGGAAUGUCUUCACUGAAGCUGCUGGAAACCACUGCUUUCAUUCCCACAAAACCAGUAUUACUUUAAAAAAAAAAAAAUUGGAAAUCUGUUUUAUACGUAAUGUCACAAUUGCUGACAUUCUUCAGUAUAAUCAUAUGUUUAUAAAAUUGUUUGUACCUUGCAAACUUACGAACCAAACCAUAUUGGGUUUUCAAAGUGCCUUUGUAUCAGAAAAUGUAUUUGCCAGCAUAGAAAUGUACCAUCAAAGGUCAUGUAUUUUUUUUAAAGGAUAUUCUGUAAUCUGUAUAAAACAAGACUAUUACUAGUAAUGUAAACAGAUUGUCUUUUUGUGUACUUCCAGCAUAGGUUUGGAUAUAUGAAAGUAUUUCUUUUAUUAUCUCAUCAGAAAAUAAAAGAUGUUAAUUUGAUUUUUAAAACAAAUUUAAUUAUCACAUUUUAAAUUACUUUGUGGGCUUGUGUUUUCAAAACUUUGCAAAUUCAUGUGUUACACAGAAAGCCGUUUUGACUUAAAACAUCUGCUGAAUUCCAAAUUUCUGUAAAAGCAACUGUGUUUGUGAUAAACUUUCCUGUGUCUUUCCUUGCCAUUUUUAUGGAUUUUAUAAUGAAAAAAAGGCACUGGAGACUGAAGGCAGAAAUGGUUCUGACAGUGCUAUUUGGCUUUUUCAUUCUUCAAAUGCCAAGUCAUCCACUUUGUUUUCCUGUUUAAGCUGUGCACAAAUACAGUCACUUGCAGGAAUCCUAAAGCAGCAUUUUAUAGAAUUUGAAUUAUAAAAGGUACAGAGGAAAUGUGGUGAUGCGGAACUCUUCCUAACACAGAUACCUAAGAAGUAAGUACUAAGUUGAUAUUCUAGGUUCUUAUGUAUUUGAAAAAAUAAAAUUGCAAUUUGUGAUAAGUGCUUGAGCACUCUACUUAAGUAUUCUCUGUGUUUUAUGAAGAGAUAAUGAUCUGGGUAAAUAUUUUUCCAUUAAAGUUCAUUUUACAAUAUGUAUUCCCUUUUAACUUUAAAAAAUUAUAAAUGUUGGAUACAAAUCUCUGCAGGAUGGAAAUGAUAAUUAAGAAUGUAGAUCCAUAAUAAGUAAUUUUUAGUGACAUGGCAGAAAUCCGUAUUGUUUCUAAGUUUAAGAGUGUCUUUUCUCCUAUGUCUGACCUACAACUAUGAAAUAUUCUGUAUUAGGAGAACUAGACCACUUUCUUCAUUCUUUUCUAAACUGCAGAUUGCCAUGAACUCUAUCAGUAGUCAAUUUUCUGCAGGCAAAGUAGUAUUUUCUAAACACGUUUGCUUUCUGCCAGGGGUUUCUAAAGCUAUGAUUUACUGCAGUAGUAUGUGCUUAAAACAACUGUUGAGGUCUUUUAAGAGGGAAAGUCCAAAAGGAAGUGCCCUGAUAAUGGUACUGCUUUUUCAUUACAAGUGUAAGUAAUCAUUUAGAAGUUUGCAACCACCACCAAGUCUGAGAGAACUCUGGGAUAUUUUGUGGGUUUUGGCAUAUUAGAGAAAAUGACAGAUCUAGAUGAAGGGAAAUUUUGGAUGUGUGCCUUUAAAAUCUGGUUAUGUAUAACUACUAAUAUUUCACAUAUGGAGAUAUUUGAAGACCCAAGUCUGCCCUUCAUACAGCCCUCCAUUCCAAGUUUACUUUUUGUCUAAAUAUGAAUCAUUCUAUUUGACUGUACUAUCAGUACACAAAUGCUUGAGUAUGUUUAUAUAGUGUUAGACUGAUGUAAAACUCUUAAUUUUGUAUUGUUACAUGAUAUUGCCAGCUCAAAUCAUUUAGCAAGUUGGCAUAAACAUUUAUGCUUUAAUUAAAUGCCAGCAUACCUAUGUGUGCAGCAGUAAAAAAUUAGAAAAAGCACCUUUUUUGUCACUCUUAGAAAAUACUUUGUCUUAUCAGUGUUCUUGGCAUAUGUGUAUUACUAAAGUAGAUAAUUCCAAUGAGAAAUACUACCUGAUUAUUGUUAUAAAAUUAAUUUACAGUGUCCCUGAUGUUGGGCUAACUCUUAGAAAAAAAACAAAAAACUAUAUCUGAGUGUAACUUUGCCAAUAUUUUAAAAGCCAAAAUAUUCUCUGGAGAACAAAUUUUUAUUGCUCAUGGACAGCUUACCUUUCCUAGUAAACUUUCCCAAACAGAAAUAUAUCUGUACUAGCUUUGGUUUUUUGUUUUGUGAGUUUGUUUUGUUUUGUUUUGUUUUGAGUUUCACUCUCGUUACCCAGACUGGAGUACCAUGGCACGGUCUCAGCUCACUGCAACCUCCACCUCCCAGGUUCAGGCGAUUCUCCUGUCUCAGCCCCCAAUAGCUGGGAUUAUAGGCGCCCCCACCCUGUCCAGCUAAUUUUUGUAGUUUUAGUAGAGAUGGGGUUUCACCAUGUUAGCCAGCCUGGCCUCGAACUCCUGACUUGAGGCCAUCCUCCUGCCUUGGCUUCCCUAAGUGCUGGGAUUACAGGCAUGAGCCACCAUGCCCGGCCACUUGCUUUGGAUUUUAAAACGUAGAUUAUGUUCCUCAAGAUGAAGGGCUUAACAUAUGCACAGCUUCCUCAGUUUGCUAACUCCCCAUGCGUCUUUGUGAAGGACAGUAUCUACUUUAUCUGUAGGUCAGUGUUCCUUGUGCUGUCAUUUCCCUUGUAUCUGGAAUGUGUUACCAUUCUUGAAAACCUACAUGUAUAUAUCAGUAACCAAAAUGCUAUGGCUUUUUUGCACCUUUUUACAGCAGCCAAAUCAUGAACUCAAAAUGUAUUUGAUCACAGUUCUCUAUAAUGUUUUUACUUACCUACCAUGGAAUAAUCCGUUUUUACAGUGAUUAUUAAUGUGGUAGAACCCUGAUAUGUAAUGCCAAAAGUUAAGAAUAUUUACAUUGCUUGACAUAGAAUUUUGCAUCUAAGCAAGGACUAGCCUUAGAAGUAGUCUAGUUCUACCUCUCAUUUUACAGAUAAGAAAACUGAAGCCCAGAAAAGCUGUCAUUAAGUCACAGAGAUAAUUAAUGGCAAAGCCAAAAAGAUUCAUUUUCUGACUCAAAGUUGAGUUCUUUAUGCUUUAUUAUGCUGCCUCUCCAGUGUAAUAUAUUUGCCUUUCUGUAAAUGGAAUUAAAUAUGAUUUGUAAAUAAAGGACAUCUGACCUCCUUUUUUGGUAUAUUAAGGCACUUUAUAAAUGGACUUUUAGUAUCUCAUGUUUCAUAUAUGAGUAUUUCCAUAAUAUUCUUUAUGGAAUAUGUUAUAAUUAAUUUUAACCUUUUUACUCUUAUAAAACCAGUUCCUGACAUUUAAAAAAAAUGGUAUCUGUACAGUGGUCCUUUUAUGAGUGAAUUUUUCUGUUAAUUGCCCAAGGCUAAAUCCAAUUUAAGGAUUACUUAGGUUCUUUAUUUUGUUUAUGUUCUCUGAACUGGUAUGUUUUAUAAACCAGGCUAAUUCACAGGUCAUAUCAUUUCAGUCUUGUCAUGUUGGUUUUCAGCCAUUGGAAAAGCUUUUGCAUUUUAAAGAAUUUUAGAGCCAUGCAAAACUUGACAUUAAAUGUUGGGUAAACAAGUCUUUUAAGUAAGGUAAAAUGUUGAAAUCUUAACCAGAAUUCCAGAUACUAAAACCGCUGUUUCUGACUUUUCAUAAAAGCAUUACCUUGGGAAAGUUAAAACUUUUUCUUCCUUUCCAUCACCAUCUUUGAAAAAAAAAAUUUUCAAUUCAUAAGAACCUCGAUUAAAAAUAAAGGAAAUUAUACUUCUUUUUUCUUUGAACAUUCACUGGAAGGCUUGUUGAAGACAUGAUCCCCCAGAAGCUUUAGUGAUCCAGAUCUCAACCAGAGACUCAAGACAGCCUCAAAUACAAUGAAAGAUUAUGUAUCAAAAAAAAAAUUGAAGAAAAGGAGCAGAGAAGGACAGUUUGGUUUAAAGCCAAAUGGAUGUGAGUCUGACAAGGGUGUCUUUUGUUUAUGUUUAACCAUUUCCUAACUGCAAAUUACACAGAAAGCAAGAAUAGGGAAUAACUUUUAUUAAGUAUUUAUGUGCCAGGCGCUUAGUGUGGCCUUCAUGUUAUUAUAUUUAAUCCUCAGCUUUCUACAAAGGAAUAAUUUUGCGUGAUUUUAUGAUUGACAAAGCAUUUGCAAAUCUCCUCUAAUUCACAUAACAUCUCUGUCAGGAAGGAAUUUUUAUCCUUAUUUUACAGAUGAGGAAGCUGUUUGGGGAUAAUUUAAGUGACUUGCUUAGGGAAUACAGCCAGUAGUACAGCACUGAUUAAUCAGGUGCUGACACCAACUCUGCUUUGUGUUUGUCAUUCAUCAGUGCUUCAAAGAUCCAAGAAGUAGUAGCAGAUCUCAACAGACUCUCCUAUAAAAUUCGUGAACAAUCACCAUGACAAAAUUGGUAUGAGGAAACAGUCGUUAUAUAUUAUUUAGACUCAUUCCUUCUUCCAGUGCCCUUAUGCUUAUUUCUUACCUUUACCAUUGAUCUUAAACUGUGCAGGGUAAAAAGAGGAACCAGAAUUCCUUUAAGCACUUUUAGGACUAUUUAAAAAACAAAGUUUUGUUGGCACUGCAGAGUAAGUUGCUUAAGGGACUGAAUCAAAAUAUAGCAUCUCUGUGGCUAUAUGAGGAAAGAAACUGAACUACUCAAGAGACCCUAAUUUCGUUUACUAGGAAAUUAUCUUCGCUAAAAGUACAAAUAUUUUGCACUGCAGGAGAGGGUAAGUAGAUUUGAUUUACAUUACAUUUUAUAUACACCUUUCAAAAGGAAGAAAUCUGUUUCAUAAGUAGUAAUAAUCAUCAAUGCCUAAACUUAACAUUUAAUGUUGAACUCUUACAAUAGCCUUGAAAAUUAUUUGUAAUUUUGAUCAUGAUGGAAAGCUUGUAAUAAAGAAUAUCUUUAUCUUAUAUAUCCUUUUAUCCUCAAACUUAGCAUGGAUUUACAUGCUCAGUGAAUAUUUGGUUAACUAGUAAACAUUGUAGGUAGUAGUGUCAAAAGUAAGGGUUAGGGAUAGGUAAAACCAGUAAUUUGCUGUUUUUUACAGAAGACAUCUCAGCAUUUUUUGGCAUUUUUGCACAAAUAAAUGACUAUAUAUUCACCUUGGCCAUUUUUUUUUUCAAGUAGCCCUGUGAGCUGCUCCUUUUUCAUAUACAGUGGAAGUGUGCAGAUGUUAUCCAUUUUACAAAUUGUUGGAUUGGAAUUUGACAGAACUGGGACUGCGAACCUGGGUCACUUCAAUUUUCUGUAUUUUGUUUGGCCAAAUCAGGAGCCAGUCUCCAUAAUCUUGUUUUUAUGGAAAAUUGCCAUAUUCACAGAUUUCAUUUAUCCCUGAUGUAUUGUCAUCCAAAACUCUUUCAGAGGUACUUCUUGAAGGUGCUUUAAAGACAACACUACAUGUAUUCAUUAACUGAUUUAAAUAUUCCCAGAAUUAUUUUUUACCUUUUUUUCUUUUUUUCUCCUCAAACACAAAAUUUUAGUUGUGCUCCAUUUCGUCACUGAUUUUUCAUCUGUUUUCAUUGUUGUUUCCUGUAUAGAACUUCAACUUUGUAUUAGUAGGGAAAAAUUUUUUUGAGUUUUAUUAUUUGAAUUUUGUUGAUGUAUCACACAUUGCGCAUCAGUUAGCCUCAGUGUAGAUUAGAUUUUGAACUACACAUCUUGUCAUGUCAAGUUUGUCAAGUAACUUCAUUGCUUCCUUUAACAGCAAUUCAGUGAAAGUUUUUCCCAAGUGAUAUUUUCCCCCCACUUUUGUGAGUUUGAUAAACAGAAUGUCUUUGUAUUGGAAAUACUGUGAAUGAAAAGUUGCCAAAUCCCUUCUUAGCAUAUUUUAAACAUCCCUACAACACUUUACCUCCCUGCCAUUAGUGGGGUUUAAACAUAUGUCCAAGUUAGUAUUUGGGUUUGUUUCCUUAGGUGAAGAUUAUGGCAUCAAAACAUUUCUUAAAAUGUUUGAGUACAAGGCUAGGUUAUAUUGCCAACUUUCAAAGACUAUGUUGUGAUUUGGAUUGAAUAUGCUGAAGUGAGCAAUUAUGAUUUGCCUAAGUGCAAUACAACAAAUCUAUAAUGUAUAUUUCACAUUUUCUACUUGAACACAUUCAUGUAAAUAUUUUGUUAAACUUCGUAUGUAUUUAAAAAGAAUCACGAACUGUAUCAAAAUUCUUUCAAUAAAAUUUGUCUAAAAAUUUC